GCGGACGCGUGGCGGCGGCGGCGGGUCUCCCUCCGCCCACGCAACCUAUAGCCUAUAGCAACAGAACUGGCGGGCGGUGCGGUGCGGCCGGCCGAAAAGGAGACGACCACCAACUGGAGUUGGGAGUGGAGGCCUGCUUUCGGUGGAGAGUGGAGCGGGGAGCCUCCACUUUCGGUGCCGCUGUCGCCGCCGCGGUCGCGCGCGCUUGCGGCGGGGGUUCUCUCUAAUUCGGCCCUGCUCCGCUCUGCCCUGGCGGCGGGGUUUCAUUCGGCGGCGGAGGAGGAGGGGGGAGAGAUGGUGGCGGCGGCGCCGUGCGCCGCGCGGAGGUCGUUCAGGGACUCGCUCAAGGCGCUGGAGGCGGACAUCCAGCACGCCAACACCCUGGCGUCCGAGUGCUCGCGGGACUACGACGGGGCGUGCGUGCAGAUGCGCGUGUCCUACAGCCCCGCCGCGCGCCUCUUCCUCUUCCUCCUCCAGUGGACCGACUGCAGCCUCGCCGGCGCGCUCGGCCUCCUCAGGAUCCUCAUCUACAAGGUCUAUGUGGACGGCACAACCACCAUGUCCACCCACGAAAGGAAGGCCAGCAUCAGGGAGUUCUACGCCGUGAUAUUCCCCUCCCUCAUGCAACUGGAGCACGGGAUGAGCGACUCCGACGACCGGAGGCAGAGGGCGGCGUGCUCCGAGAGGUACAGGAGGAGAGACGAGCCGGAGGAGGGCAGCAAGAGGCCCGUCUCCGAGAUCGACGACGCCGAGAUAGAGGAGGAGGAGGAGUGCGGGAUCUGCAUGGAGCUCAACAGCAGGGUCGUGCUGCCCAACUGCAGCCACGACAUGUGCAUCAAGUGCUACCGUCAAUGGCGCACGAGAUCACAGUCCUGCCCCUUCUGCCGGGACAGCCUCAAGAGAGUGAACUCCGGCGACCUAUGGAUGCUCACCGACCACCGCGACGUGGUCGACACGGCGACGGUAACCAGAGAAAACAUCAGACGCCUGUUCGCGUACAUCGAGAAGCUGCCCCUCGUCACGCUGGACAACAUCUUCGAUGCCUAUGAUUCCCAUAGGAUGUUCCUCGUCCUGGGAUGUGGCUGACCAUGGAUGUGGAGCAGCCUGACAGGGAGACCCAACCUGUGUGAGCACCCUACCUAGGGUCCUCAGGUUUUGUAAAUACAUGUACAGAUUUACAGUUUGCAUGGAAAUGUUCAGAGAAAGUCGGAAUAACAACAUGUUAUGCUUCUCGCAAAAAAAAAUUGUUAUUAUGCAGUAGAGUAAUGUUUGUACAGAUUUGUAAUCUGGAUGGGAACAUGUUGCGCAUGUACAAGUACUUACUCCCUUCGUCCGGAAAUACUCGUCGGAGAAAUGGAUAAAUUUCCAUACGGGGAAGUAUUAUUUA